AUGCCUGAGGAUAUCGCAUAUUGUAUGCUCGGGAUUCUCGACGUAUAUAUGCCCCUAAUUUACGGACAGGGUUACAAAGCUUUCAUCCGACUCCAGGAGGAAAUCAUUAAAUCAUCUACAGACGAGAGUCUGUUUUACUGGAUCUUUGACAACACCGUGCCCAUUGACUGGGUCAGUGUUCUAGUCCCUUCACCGUCGGUGUUUCGAGACUCCAGUAACUUUGAACCUUACCGACUCUUUCGGGGCCGGGUAUCUUCCUAUUCAGUCACAAACCAGGGUCUAUCAAUCAAUCUCCCACUGAUAGAGGUGAAAGACGGAUUUUUGGGUCUUCCGAAUGUGCUAUCACUCACACGAGGCGCGGGAGCCGUUGCGAUAUUCCUUCAAGGCGACCUUACCAGCGGCGUUCUCACGAGAGCCAGGUCACCAGGCGCGCCGAUCAGGCUGCCCGGGAGUAUGGCUGUAUUAUCCAGUUAUCUAAUGCCAGUCGAGCAUACCAGAGAACAUAUCUUUAUUCGAUCCAAAAUCGGUUUAAUCAAGCCUCUCAUUACACCUUCAAAAUCAGUCCAGCUCACCGCUCCUACCAACAUCCGCCAAGAAAGUCAGUACCAAGUAUUACUAUUAACACCUUUCCUCAUGGGCGCAUUUUGA